AUGGACGCCGUAAACACACCAGCGCUACGACGCUCGAAGAGACGAGCAGCUGAGGCUGUGUCACCCUUGUCACCAAUUCAUAAACCAGACAUUGUGCAUACCUCCAGCACUCCCACCAAACGAGGGUCAAAGCGAGUCCGCUUCUCGACAGGUUCCGACGAUGCUACGGGCAACAUGAGCCUGGCUCCUGGCUCCACUGGACUGACUCCAGCUGUGUCUAAACACCGACUCGCUACACCAAAGUCAAGACGGCGCGUCUCUACACCGGCUCCGAAACGCUCCGUAUCGACCCCUGUGGUGCUACCACCAUCCAGUCCCCUCAUCGAAGGAGAGCUACAGAUUGUGCCUUUGCGCCAAGCACUUGACUCUCGCAUGCAGCGCCGAAUAGCUCGCAAUGGUAUGGCGGAGGAAGUCGAGGCGUACUAUCGAGAUAAGAAGCAAGACAAGCAGCAAGUGAAGGACAUGCAGGCGCAAAUCGAUGCGAAGGAUGCUGAGCUGAAGGCUCUGAAGUUCAAGGUUGCUGAUACGGCGAAGCCAACAAGAAGUCUGAGUCCUGUCCGCGAAGAGGCCGAGACCAGUCCAACUCUCGACCCCCGCAUCGCCGAUGUCGAAGAAGAGCUCAGCCUACUGCGGCGAAGCUUUCAGGAGUUCGAAGAAGCCAAUAUACCGUCACUAGCGGACGAUGAUGAAGGCAUCUUUGGCGGCUCAGACGACUGGAUUGAUGUACCCCGGGAUAGCUCCUCUGGUCCCAGAAGUGAGUCGGGAGACACGAUUCAGAUUUACGAAGACCACGACUCGGUCCAGCAUCCCUCAACUACACGAUUGUCGUCAAUCAACGACGCCCAGGACGCCACAACCAUGGGAUUGGAGCUGGCAUCAGCUCGCCAAGCCAAAAAGUCAUUCCUUCAGUCAUCGUUCGGUCGUCGAUCCCUCGAUGCAAGCGAUAUUCAAUUCGCCGAUUCGCCAUCCAAGCCGACUGCGCACGUUUCAAGUCCUAUGCCCAAGGUCAAUGGCGACGUUCUCGCUAUGCUCAACAAGCAGUUGAAAGCCGCAAAUGCACAUGCAGAUGACACAGAGCUAGCACUCCAGGCAUUGGAAGGCGAAGUCCGUGCUCUGUCUUCAGGUUUCACUGACGACCAGGACGCAUUGACUGCUCUGAAAGCAUUAGCGGACCACUUCCGUUCUGUGCGUCUUGAGCUUGAACGUUUGCUGCCCGGCGAAAUUCCCAUCGGCCUAACUGCAAACCACGCACUUCUUCCUGAGCUUACGAAGAAGCUCAAGGAUGCUCUUGGUCAGCUAGCCCAACGCACAUCCGAGCUGCAGAACUUGCGCAAUCAAGAGAAGACGCUUCGAGGCAACUUUGACCAGACCACUAUCGCGUGCCAUGCUGCUCAGAAGAAGGCCGAUGAGCUCGAAAAGUCCUUCGAUGAGCUCAACGAGACUCUAUUGAAUGAGCGGCUACGUGCCAGCCGUGCUGAGGGAGAGCGAAACCAGAUUGAUCGUGACAACACCACUCUCCGGUGCAGUCUUGACAGCUAUCGGCAAGAAGUGUCACGGCUCGAAGGUCUGAUUGUGACCAUGGAAGCGGAACACCAGCUCGCCCUGAAAGAUAUGCGCAGCCAGAACGACGAAAAAAUCACUGAGCUUGAAGCCAAAGCUGCCGCAGAAACUACCGGUCGACGUGCAGCUGAGGACUCUGCGGUGUCUCGCCUCCGCAAAAUCCAAGAGCUAGAAGACAAGCUUCAACAAGCGAAAGAGCAUGCUGCUGAGGUCGAAUCUUCGCUCCAUCAGGAAAUCGACAACCUCGACUCCCGCGUUUCAAGCAGUUCCAAGGCCCUGGCCGUUGCAGAGCAGGAGGUAAACAGACUUCGGAAGCUCCUCAAGAAGGUCGAGAAGAAGUACCGUGACGAAGUCUUCCGUGGUGAGGAGGUUGUGCGCGAAACCCGCGAGGAUAUCAUGAAUGCUGCCGCGCGGUUCAUGGCCCGCAGCAAAAGCCACCGUCGCACAAGCAAGGUCAGUCUGGCGAACUGGGAGCUCGAAAGCGACGACUUGCAAAUGGAUGAGGCUGGACUGCCAAUGACGCCGAGUAGCACAGUGCGAUUUGCUGACUACAGUGAGGUUCGAGACCUUGUCAGCUCCGACUUUGAUGAAGAGGAAGUGGCCGAGAGCGAUGAUGAGUACGUUCCAGGAAGUGUUGAGACAGUCAGAGGCAAGAAGAGGAGUGUGCCGCUCACGCCUGCUCAGACACUGGGUGGCAAGCGCAAAAGUCGCAGAAAGUACGACAGCGGGAUCGGUAUCGAUGACGGGAUGAGCGAUGAUGAGGGCGAUCUUGAUGACAGCGGGCUAGCUACGCCUGACCUCAGUUCGGAGGCUGACAUCGAGAUGGACUCGCGGUCGCGAAUGAAGUUCUGA